ACAUGAACUCUGGCGAAAUGCCGCAGACUCUACCAAAGCGACUAUCUUUCCUAUAUGAAAAUGACACCGAACCGGCUCCCAUUUUAUUAGAUAAUUUCGAAAACCCAAUACCCAAUGUUGCAGUACCCAGGUCAGAAAUUAGGUCAAUCCUGGAAAAGGAGUCUGGCAUGCAACGCUUAAAAUCAAUGUACAAUAUCUUAGGCCGUGACAAAAUAUCUGAAGAUUUACGAUUUUGCAGUUCAGUUCCUCUAUACGCCGCUGCAGUUACCUUCGGUUUUACUGCGGGAAUUGGUGCCAAGCAGGGGCGAGAUCGCUUUAUUGAAAGAAACAAAGCAACAAAAUUCGAUACCCAAUUUAGAGCUUCAAGAGCCAGUUUGGAUCAGACAUUCGUAGCAGGCCUAAGAACCGGCUUUCGAUGGUUUGCAAAGACUGCAAUAUUUUCAGGAAUAUUUCUCUUUACCUCUUCAUCUAUUGCCGUAUAUAGAAAUGAGUCAUCCCUUAGAGAGUAUGUCGCAGGUGGUUCACUAACUGCGGCAAUACUCAGAUCAAACUUAGGAUUGAGAGGAGUUAUUGCUGGUGGUACUAUCGGAGGAUUCUUAGGUCUAAUUGGUGGUUCAUGCAUUCUACUGGCACUGAAAGCCAGUGACUAUACACAAGAAGUGAGACAUUACAUGGAAGUUUAUUAUGAUAGAGCUAAAGUGAAGGAAGGACAAAUUUUACAAAAUUUAGGAAAUAAACAAAUUGAAUCAAACUAAAUAUUUAUGUGUUUUUUAAGUCAAAAAUUAAAGCUAUUGCGUCAUCUCUCAUAAAAAAUAACACAAAGAAGCGAUAGAUGUCUCUACUUUACCAUUGUACGAUUCUCUAUCCUCUCAACUUGGAACAGCUGAGAAGCGAUACAGCAUGAAAGAAAGUUACGCAAGAUUUGUAGAAAACUUUGCAGAUUACAUCACAUAUACUAUAUGUGCAAAUAUGCUUGUUUAUACAUUUACAAAAAAAGAAAAAUGACUGUUCCGAUUAGGUUUUGAUUGAUAAAAUCGCCUUUAAAAGUAUAUAAGUAGAUUCGAUAAUGUUUACUUUCUAUUUAAAAACCCUUUUUCAAUAGAACGAGAGAAAAGUAAAUUACCUUAUUUUUUACACGUGCCUAUCAUUUUGGACGUCUAUAAGUAAAGUAUUUUAGUUACAUUAGAGCUAUUGGGUCAAGGCUUUCUAGCAUUCCGUUCCCUCUUUAUGAUGCUUGCAUUACACCAUCUGCUGAAUUAUGUCUAAAAUAUAAUUAAUAUAUAAAACAAUAUGUAAAUGUUCAGGCAGUGUUACCAAUACAAUAUCAAAUAAAUAGUAUAAUGUACGGAUAUAAAAUUGAAUUAUGACUCACAGAUUUUAAUAGAUUGUUACUGAGGCAAGAAUUGCAGCGUGUUGUAUUUUCACUUUUAAUUUACUUUUUUAAAGAGAUAAUUUACCUAAAAGGACAAUGUUUCUUUUCUUUCUUCUAUCGAAAAUAGAAUGUAGA